CUGACUCAUUUCUCGUCAGCUCUUUUCCAUGUACCAGACAACUAAAGCAGUGUGACCCACGGCAAAGAAAUCUUGUUUAUUUAAAUGUGUUAUUGUAUGAAUAGUUCCUCUUGACUCGUCCACCGGGACUCCCUCAUGCUUAUCACCCCUAAAUCUCUGCUCCUUGAGCGGCCCCCUGGACUGGCCCUGAAAUAGUUCUGAAUAGCUCCGAACAUCUAUUUAUCGGUUGCCUAUUGGAUGUGGGGCGUGAAAGUUCCGUCAACAUGGCAGUUUCAAGACUUGACCGAUUAUUCAUCCUGCUUGACACCGGGACGACGCCAGUGACCAGAAAGGCUGCUGCCCAGCAGCUCGGGGAAGUUGUUAAACUCCACCCACAUGAACUCAACAAUCUCCUUUCAAAGGUUCUAAGUUAUCUACGGAGUACCAAUUGGGACACACGCAUCGCCGCAGGUCAGGCAGUUGAGGCCAUUGUGAAGAAUAUUCCUCUGUGGAACCCAGCACCCAAGCCAAAGGAUGAGUCUGCAGAUGAUUUCUCGCCAGAUUCUUCGUGCGAUCGACUGAGUUUCUGCCACUUUGACAUUUCCCGCCUACUCAAACAUGGCGCGUCUCUGCUGGGGUCUGCAGGGGUGGAGUUUGAGCUGCAAGAUGACAAAACCGCUGAGAUGGACCCAAAGGAGCGCCUGGCGCGCCAGAGAAAGCUUCUGCAGAAGAAGUUGGGUUUGGACAUGGGGGCUGCAAUCGGCAUGGACACCAAUGAACUCUUCAACGACGAAGACCUGGACUACACAUGCCAUCCCAGUGGAUUGAAAGCCCAUGGAAGCAAAGCACCCGUAGGAAACAGCUCACGCAACCACACGAUGCAAGCUGCAGAGUUGAUCGACUCAGAAUUCCGGCCAGGCAUGAGCAGUCGUCAGAAGAACAAGGCUAAGAGGAUGGCCAAGUUAGUCGCAAAACAACGAUCCAGAGACAUGGAUCCGAAUGAAAAGAGCAACGACAGCUUCGAUGGUGAACCUGAAGAGAAGCGAAGAAAGGUCACCAAUGUUGUUAUCGAUCAGCCAGCGACUGAGCGUAAAGUCUUGGUGAACAAAGUUCCAGAUGACACCAGUGUCUUCGAGGAAACUCCAGAGUGGCCCCUGGAGAGUUUCUGUGAGGAGCUCUGCAAUGACCUUUUUAAUCCUUCUUGGGAGAUCCGACACGGUGCAGGCACUGGUCUGAGAGAAAUCCUCAAGUCACAUGGAUCCAGUGGGGGUAAAUUGGUGGGCAGCACUGCAGAACAGAUGCAGCGGCAGCACCAGGAGUGGAUAGAAGACCUGAUCAUCCGGCUGCUCUGUGUCUUCGCCCUGGACAGAUUUGGAGACUUUGUGUCUGAUGAGGUGGUUGCGCCAGUCAGGGAAACGUGUGCUCAGACACUCGGUGUUGCGCUUCGCUACAUGAAUGAAAGCGGCGUGUCCAUGACUGUAGAUGUUUUGCUGAAGCUGCUACAAGAAGACCAGUGGGAGGUCCGACACGGAGGCUUGCUCGGAAUCAAGUAUGCGCUGGCAGUCCGUCAGGACUUGAUCUCCGUAUUAUUACCGAGGCUGCUCCCAGCAAUAACGACGGGCCUGCAGGACCUUGACGAUGACGUUCGAGCUGUAGCUGCUGCAGCUCUCAUCCCAGUGGUGGAUGGGCUAGUGAAGCUUCUACCCAAUAAGGUCCCUUUCAUUGUGAACACACUGUGGGAUGCUCUUUUGGAUCUGGACGACCUCACCGCUUCCACAAACAGCAUCAUGACACUGUUGUCGUCUCUUCUCACUUAUCCACAAGUCCAGCAGUGCAGCAUGCAGGAGUCUCUGACAGUCCUGGUUCCUCGUGUGUGGCCCUUCUUGAGACACACCAUUUCUUCAGUGAGGCGAGCAGCACUGGAAACUCUGUUCACCUUGCUGUCUAAAGCCGACCAGAAGUGUGCGCAGUGGAUCAACCCGAUCCUGCAAGACAUGCUGAGGCACAUCUUCCAAUCCUGCAUACUUGAAAGUAAUGAGGAAAUACUUGAACUCAUCCAAAAGGUGUGGAUGGAGCUGUUGUCUCAGGCGCCGCAACAGUUCGUUGUAGCAGCCAGCUGUCCGUGGAUGGGCGCCUGGCUCUGUCUCAUGAUGCAGGCGUCACACAUUCCCAUCGACCUCAACAUGCUGCUGGAAGUGAAGACACGCUUCAAGGAUAAGGUGUCAGCAAAGGCACGUCAGGGCUCCAUCCAGGUGAAGGAAACGGUCCAGGAGUAUAUAGCAGGGGCAGAAACUGUGACGGAUGACCCAAUAACAAGGGACUAUGUGGUGGUUCGUGCUCGACUCAUGGCUGCUAAGUUGCUCGGGGCUCUGUGUCGCUGUAUUUGCGACCCUCAACUCAAUGCAGCGACUCAGGAGUUGAGGCCGGCUGAAUCUCUGGGACACCUGCUGCUCUUUCACCUCAACUCGAAGUCAGCUCUGCAGCGCAUUGCUGUGGCCUUGGUGCUUUGCGAGUGGGCUGCUCUCCAGAAGGACUGUCAGAUGGUCUCAUCCAUGGUCGAGCCACGUCUACUGGCUAUUCUGUCCGAGCAGCUGUACUAUGACGAGAUCGCCAUUCCUUUCACACGUAUGCAGAAUGAGUGCAAACAUCUCAUCGCCUUGCUAGCAGACGCCAACAUCGACCUUCGAGAUCGCCUCAACUGCAGCGUCUUCACCAUCGACCAAGCCAGUGAACUGGUGACCACCGUCUUCACCGAAACCACGGCCGGGCUGAAUGUAAAGACCAAACAGUUUCAAGCACUGGAGAGCAAGAGGCAGCAAGCUCAGUCCACGGUGACGGAGACCAGUGCGGAAUGGCAACAGCUGCAGCUCCGCGUCCACAUGUUCGCAGCCUGUGCCAUCAUCAACCUGCAGGUGCUUCCUGACAAGCUCAACCCUCUGAUCAGGCCUCUGAUGGAGACCCUGAAGCGCGAGGAGAACACCCUGAUUCAGGGCUACGCCGCCUCUUUUAUCGCAAAGCUGCUCCAGCAGUGUGCUCCGCGAACGCCGUGUCCUAACUCCAAGAUUAUCAAGAAUCUUUGUGCCUCUGCGUGCGUGGACUCGUCUGUCACUCCCUCUUCUGUUUGCCCAGUUCCUCCAACACAAGACCCCGUGAGAGGUAGCAGUGUGGAAAAAGACACUCAUCACAUGGUCAACCAGAAUCGAGGCAUCAUCACCCUCUACCGCCACCAAAAGGCUGCCUUUGCUAUUACAAGCAAGAGAGGCCCGGUCCCGAGAGCCCCCAAAGCCCCUUCCACUGAGCUUCCUCCUGGCAGCACCAUCAGCACAGACAACGACGAGACCAAGAAGCCGUUUCUGAUCCAGAGGAGAGGAGCUGAGUUUUCCUUGACCACGAUAGCGCGACACUUUGGUGCUGACCUCACAAAGUCUCUGCCGUAUCUUUGGGAGAACACGGUCGGACCAUUGAGGACUGUGGUGAAUGAAAAUCUAAUUAUGGAUCGACAGGUCCAAUUAGAGAGGGGAGACACCGCAGCUCAGGAACUGGUGAACUCACUACAAGUGCUGGAGAUCAUGGCUGGAGCCAUGGAUCGUGAACUCAAACCUUUGCUGCUGCAGCACCUCCCGCACCUCUUCACCUGCCUGCAGCAUCCGUACACAGCGGUGCGUCACAUGGCGGCACGCUGCGUUGGCGUGCUCAGCAAGAUCGCCACUCUGGAGACCAUGAGCAACUUCCUGGAGUGCGUUCUACCCUGGCUGGCUGCCAUUGACGACUGUACGAAGCAAGAGGGCGCCAUUGAGGCUUUGGCUUGUGUGAUGGAGCAGCUGGAAGUGGGCAUCGUCCCCUACAUCGUGCUGCUCGUGGUGCCAGUGUUGGGUCGGAUGAGCGACCCCAGCGACAGCAUCCGCUUCAUGGCCACGCAGUGUUUCGCCACUCUUAUCCGCCUGCUGCCGCUCGAGGCGGGUAUACCGGACCCCCCUGCCAUGUCCGCCGACCUCAUCCAGCAGAAGGCCAGAGAGCGCCACUUCCUGGAGCAGCUGCUGGAUGGAAGAAAGUUGGAGAACUAUAACAUUCCGGUUCCCAUUAAAGCAGAGCUGAGGAAGUACCAGCAGGAUGGAGUGAACUGGCUCUCCUUCCUGAACAAGUACAAGCUGCACGGCAUCCUGUGCGACGACAUGGGUCUCGGCAAGACGCUGCAGUCCAUCUGCAUCCUGGCAGGGGAUCACUACCUCCGGGCACAGGAGUACGCCAGGACGAAGGCGGCGGACUGCAGCCCCCUGCCCUCUCUGGUGGUCUGUCCGCCCACGCUGACCGGCCACUGGGUGGACGAGGUGGGCAAGUUCUGCUCCAGAGAGUACCUCAACCCACUCCACUACACUGGCCCGCCCACCGAGAGGAUGAGGUUGCAGCACCAGGUGAAGAAACACAAUCUGAUCGUGGCCUCCUAUGACGUCGUGAGGAACGACAUCGACUUUUUCAAGAAUAUUAAGUUCAACUACUGCAUCCUGGAUGAGGGCCACAUCAUCAAAAACGGGAAGACCAAACUCUCCAAAGCCAUCAAGCAGCUGGCUGCCAACUUCCGAGUCAUCCUGUCCGGAACGCCGAUUCAGAACAACGUCCUGGAGCUGUGGUCGCUCUUUGACUUCCUCAUGCCGGGGUUUCUGGGAACCGAGCGCCAGUUCGCUGCCCGUUACGGGAAGCCCAUCCUGGCGAGCAGAGACGCCAAAAGCUCCUCACGGGAACAGGAAGCAGGCGUUCUGGCCAUGGAGGCGCUCCAUCGUCAGGUGCUGCCCUUCCUCCUGAGGAGGAUGAAGGAGGACGUUCUGCAGGACCUUCCUCCUAAGAUCAUCCAGGACUACUACUGCAACCUCAGUCCUCUACAGGUUCAGCUGUAUGAGGACUUUGCCAAGUCCCGGGCGAAGGCCAGCCUGGAGGACAGCAUCUCUCACGCCUCCACUGAGGAAGAGAAGCCCAAACUGAAGGCGACCGGACACGUUUUCCAGGCGCUGCAGUAUCUGAGGAAGCUGUGCAACCACCCGAGCCUGGUGCUGACCCCUCAGCAUCCCGAAUACAGACGCAUCACUGAGCAGCUGGCGGGUCAGAGCUCCAACCUGCGGGACAUUCAGCACGCGCCGAAGCUCUCCGCUCUCAAGCAGCUGCUCCUGGACUGUGGUCUCGGGGGUGGCGCCGGCUCCGAAGGAGGGACGGAGGCGGUGGUGGCGCAGCACCGCGUGCUGAUCUUCUGCCAGCUGAAGAGCAUGCUGGAUAUUGUGGAGCACGACCUUCUGAAGCCCAAGCUGCCCAACGUCACCUAUCUGCGUCUGGACGGCAGCGUGCAGGCCGGCCUGCGCCACUCCAUCGUGUCCAGGUUCAACAACGACCCGUCCAUCGACGUGCUGCUGCUGACCACUCACGUCGGCGGCCUGGGGCUGAACCUGACUGGAGCGGACACGGUGGUGUUCGUGGAGCACGACUGGAACCCCAUGAGGGACCUGCAGGCCAUGGACCGAGCCCACAGGAUCGGACAGAAACGCGUGGUGAACGUGUACCGGCUGAUCACGCGUGGAACCCUGGAGGAGAAGAUCAUGGGCCUGCAGAAGUUCAAGAUGAGCAUCGCCAACACCAUCAUCAGCCAGGAGAACGCCAGCCUGCAGAGCAUGGGGACGGACCAGCUGCUCAACCUCUUCACCCUGGACAAGGAGGAGAAGAGCGAGAGGAGCGAACAGUCUCCGUCCACGUCCGGCAAGUCGUCCAUGAAGUCGGUGCUGGACGGCCUCGGGGAGCUCUGGGACCAGCAGCAGUACGACACCGAGUACAACCUGGACAGCUUCAUGCACUCCCUGCAAUAGCACCGCGUGGCCCUCGCUCCCUCCCCUCCCUCCGCAUCACUGACCAAGCUGGACCUGGUCAGAGCUCCUUUGUUUUGUUUUUUACCACGCUGACCUCCCAUUGAUCAUCAUGCCCCAAAGCAAUAAGUCGAGCCAAGAAGAGCGUUUCUGUUCACCUUGAGAUUUGUGGCUCAGUGCAGUCCAGGUGAUGAUGAUGAUGAUGAUGAUGAUGAUGAUAAUGCAACCCUGAUCACGUGCCAGACAACAGUGUUAUGGAUCUGCCCCCUCCUGCAAACGCAUUAUUUUCUGAGAGAAAGGGAAACCACGCUGCGUCAGUCACCGCUACUGGCCUCCAGAGGGCGCUAUACUGUUGCAGUGCCACGACACGAUUUCCUUAGUUUCAUCCUCCAGUUUCCUGCGUGGACCUGCGCUCCCUCCUCCCCCUCCUCCCCUCCUCCCCUCCUUCUCCUCCUCCUCCUCAGAUGGACAAACCUUUUGAAGCCUGCAGUUUUUCUGACACUCCCGAUGACAGGAAGUGACCCUCCCGGGACUGAAGCUCAAACUGGUACCACAAACUAGUCGCAAGUAUUUUAAAAUAAAUAAUAGAUGUGUACAUAUUUGUGUAAUUGCUUUUUCUUUUGUUAAUGAAGUGGAAUUGGAAUAAAUUCUGCAAACUUUG